AUGAGAGAAGCGACGGUACAGAGCGGCUACGAUGGAGCUGCUCUAGUCUACGCAAGAAACCAAGCCCUCGCAUACCAGAGAAAGUCUGACCCCCUUGAUCACGCAAGCGUCAUCACCUUCACCACGAAUGGCAACCAGGUCACUUUCUAUGCGCACUAUGCUGCCGAAACGGAAGACGGCUCGCUCCAGUAUCACCAGUACCCCGUCAGCUCGAUGAACCUAACAAAGUCCCAUCCUGAACACAAGGAGGGACGAAGAGGACUCAGAAACGCCCAGGACCUUGCCAAAGAACAGUCAUACGCUCUGAAGAAUCAGUUGAAGGAUCACUACGAGCAGCAACUCCGCCGUACCCUUUGUCCCCUCGAAGAAACGGUACCACCCUUGCCUGUGUCAGACGACGAGCCUCUGGUUACAAUCCAAACCUAUACAGACGAGGACGACUACAAAGUCGUCGAAACACAGUCUGUUUACCAGCCCACGCCUCCUAUACCGUCCAAAUCCAAGAACGGCCAGAAGCGAAAGGCUCCAUCCUCGCAAGGAUCGUCAAGCGGCUCUUCCCAUCACAGCAAGUACAAGAGCUACUGGAAGAAGGACACCAUGAGCGGACGUUAUUACCACAAGCAUUCGGAUGGUAGCGUCUCUUGGCUCGACUCAAAAGACUGUAAAAAAACGACAGCUCCCGUCCAUAACUACGUAAUGACAGUGACUUGGGCGAAUACAACCUGGCAACAGCGAAUACCCUAGCCAAUCAGCGGACUCAUGCUACUAUUCAGACUAAGGUAUUGCCUUUAG